AUGGAGAGAUUACAGAGAUUGCUAGGUGGAAGCAAUGGCCUUGUACAAGGCGGAGCUGCUAUGAACGAUGCUCCAGCGAUCGACAACGCCGAAACUGUCUACAUUUCCUCGUUGGCCUUGUUGAAGAUGCUCAAACACGGUCGUGCCGGUGUCCCUAUGGAAGUGAUGGGGUUGAUGCUUGGAGAAUUCGUCGACGAAUUUACCAUCCACGUAAUUGACGUGUUUGCCAUGCCCCAGUCUGGAACUGGUGUUUCUGUGGAGGCAGUAGACGAUGUAUUUCAGACAAAGAUGAUGGAUAUGUUGCGACAGACAGGCAGAGACCAGAUGGUGGUGGGUUGGUACCACUCCCACCCAGGUUUUGGGUGCUGGCUUUCUUCUGUCGAUGUCAACACGCAACAAAGUUUUGAGCAGUUGAACAAAAGGGCUGUUGCCGUUGUAGUCGACCCUAUUCAGUCGGUGAAAGGUAAAGUGGUGAUCGAUGCCUUCCGUACAAUUGAUGCCACCACGUUGAUGAGAGGCCAAGAGCCUCGCCAGUCCACAUCCAAUGUGGGUCAUUUGAACAAGCCAUCGAUCCAGGCCUUGAUUCACGGUUUGAAUAGACACUACUACUCGUUGAACAUCGAUUACCACAAGACUUCGUACGAAACCAACAUGCUUAUGAACUUGCACAAGAAGUCGUGGCAGAGCGGCUUGGAAAUGAAAGAUUACAACCAUGUUGACCACGAGAACCUAGAGAAUAUUCAGAGCUUGGUGAAAAUCGCCAAACUAUACAACGAACGAGUGGCCGAAGAGAAAGAGUUGCUGGAGGAACAGCUAAAGACGCGCUACGUCGGUAAGCAGGAUCCAAAGAAGCAUUUGGCAGAGACGUCAGAAAAGAUCAUUGAGGAGAACAUUACUUCCUUAUUGACUAGCAACGUCAACUCUCUUGCCAUCCAGUAG